AUGGCCCCGCCGCUUGUCAGCACCCGACGGAACAACAUAAAGAUGGAAGAGUCGGAGUCAGGCGAGGAGCCCCUCGCCGGCAUGGUUAUUAGCGUCAUCCUUGCCAUGAUCUCUCUGGUUAUCAUCUCCAGUUUUCUGACUCAAAGGUUCCUAGCGGUCAAAGUCUGGAGUAGACUUCCCCCCGUCCAGUGGAUGGUUUUCGCCAUUUACGCCGAUUCCUUUUUGUUCGUGUUUGCUACUGCCAUUCUCCAAUUUGGCUUCGGCGUUGAUACCUCGGCAUCCAUCUGCGAGUCGGCCAUUUUACUGUGUCUGGCUUGCUACGUUACAACAAAGUUCAUCAUCCGAUCCGGAAGCAAGAAACUCCGGAUACACUCCAAGCUCUACCUCUUCAACACCAUCGUGGUGCUCGAUAGAACACAAACAAUGCAUAAUCGGAAUGGAGAGAUACGCCAUGAUUCCACUCAUUGUAUACGACCUGCUCGUCAACGUCUCUACGCCUUUAACAGCUCUCAGCAGACUCGCGGAAACAGAAGACUGAAGCUGGUGGCCAUGCGGACCCUUAUUGGUUGUAUCUGCACACUUACCAGCAGCGUUGUCAACCUAUCAGUGCUCAUGGGUCUAAAUGGCGAGCCGGGAUGGGUGUGUCUGAUGUGUUGUAAUAGUGAUAUCCUAUUCAGCGCCAUCGUCAUCCAAUGGGUGACUUCACGAGACAGCAUCGCUUCCAACAACAACGAGUCUCACACCAUGUCGCAACAAAGACACAGCAACCACGGCGAGGAUGCCUACGAUCUCCGAAAAUCACGACAGCAGGCCAACGGGAGAAUACUAGAGCAAAAGAACAACUCAUCGACAAACCGUGUCAGCAUCAACAGUAGCAGCAUCUCACCAAGACCCACCCCAAGCACCAAGCCCAUAGUAGACGAUAUAGGGGACAUUGCCCUGGACAGCACGGACCCGAUGGAGUUGAACGACACCCCGUCGAGCAACAACGCCAACAACCCUUUCAAUGAAGACAACUUGAAGCGGUCCGCAACCGACGACUCGGACGAGAUACGCAUGAUAGCACUGAGUCCCAGAAAGAGGGGUAUCAGCGACUCGGUAUCACCGUUAGUGCCUCACCAGAUCUCCCCGACAGAGGUGCGCAUCGACGUCGACUACGGCUCCAGUCUCACCCAAGCCAACGAGGCCGAAGGGGUCAAGUUGGGAAACAGCGUCGUGAUUGCGACGGGCGGUCGCAGCGACGGAAGGAGGCGCGGAAGAAGUUCGUCGCGGAGAUACGAAGAUAACAGUGACCCUUAG